UAACCAAAAAUUUAUUGGUUAGCUCGUCUACCCAUUUUCUAGUUUUUUCAAAUUCUCAUGCUUCUACUGUUUUCCAUGGCAUGUCUGUCUUGUGUUUAUGCUUUUGGUAUUUAAUGUAAAUAAUGUUGAAAUUUUAAAAAAUUGCUAAGAGAAAGAGUCAAACUUCUCAUCAUGGCAAAUGAAUCAGGAGGUGAACAAGAUCAGCUAAUGGAUGAAGAUAAGCUUGAACUAAUGAGUUACAUUGAGACCGUUGAGCAGCGUCUGAAGAAGAGAACAGAGUUGUAUAGUCACAACCACAAUGCGGCGAAACUAAGACCGAGUUCUGCUGAUUUGGUUAAACUGGAAUCGAGCUUAAAGAAGAACUCAGCGUUCGUUAGAAAACUUAGAAAUUUUACCGCCGACCAACUGGAUAGUCUGAAAAGAGAUUUGGCAACACUGAAUAUGACAAAAUAUUUGAGCGAAGUGGCAGCCGCUCUAGUGGAAGUCAAACUGAAAAUAUCCGACGUCUCAGCUGUGGUUUCAUUAUGCAGUGAAUUCCAUACCAUCUAUUCUGAGUUUGCUACUACUCUGUUCGAGUAUUGGAAAAAGACGCUGACUUUCAAAAAAGAUGAACAGAUUGCAAACCCCAGCAAAUUGAGAGUGGAUCUUCGGGUUUUCGCCGAUUUAAUGGCGUAUGGAAUAUUUUCGCAACGAGCUUCUUUUCCGUUGUUGAUUUCAACAUUGAACUUUCUCACAAUGUCUGAUAGGGAACAUUUCCGUCAUAUCAGUAUCAUCAUCAGCUUCUGUAAGCACUGCGGAGAAGAUUUGAUCGGUUUUAUUCCCGAAAAAAUACAACACCUGUCAAAGUGUUAUGCGAUUGAAGUGCCUCAUAGUAAUAUCCUCUCAUCGGACAAACAAGAAAACAUAAGGAUUAUUCUGAAAGAUUACUACUCUGCCUUCAUUGGACAUCUUAUCAAGCUAUACAAGAGUAUGAAAUCGUUGGAAUUGCAAAAUAAGAAAAUUCUCGCGAUGAAGGGUGAAAUCCAAGAGAAUCGUGCUAACAGAACCAAAGAGCUCCAAAAAAAUCUUCUAUCAACGCUUGCUACUGCUCAAACGUUUGCUCAGUUGAUUGGAGAGCAACUUCCCAGCCUACCUGCGGAUAAUGAGAUAAAUUCCGAAGUGGAAACAACGAAAGAAACUGAGAUUUCUAUAUGGGAGGAUGAAGAGACCAGAAGGUUCUAUCAAGAAUUUCCGACAAUUGAAGAAUUUUUACCUCAGACGAAUACUGAUAGACAAGCACCUCCUCAAACCAUGAUGACAGAAGAAAAGCUUGAUGAAGAUUUAAAAGACGAUGAUUUCCUAGUUGAAGAACCAUCUAAAGAAGAGCCAGUCACAGUAGAAGAAAUAGAAGACUCGGAAAGUGUUUCAAAUAAAACGCAGCUGGAAAAUUUUCUACGCCUUCUCCCAAAUUGUGUGAACAAAGAAAUGAUCGAUAAUGCUGCUAUAGAGUUUCUUAUCUCUCUCAAUUCAAGGUCUGCGUGUAAAAAAUUGAGCAGAGCAUUAUUUUCUGUCCAUCGAUCAAGAUCCGACCUAUUGCCUUUCUACUGUCGCUUCGUAGCAAUCUUGAAUCUGGCUAUUCCAGAUUUGACCACCAGUCUUGUGCAGUUAUUGAAACGUGACUUCAAAUACCAUAUCAGUAAGAAGGAUCAAAUAAAUGUGGAGUCGAAAGUGAAGGUAGUGCGAUUUAUAGGUGAAAUGGUGAAGUUUGGACUGUACUCCAAAUUUGAAGCAUUGUACUGCUUGAAAAUUUUGCUGCACAACUUCACUCAUCACAACAUAGACAUGGCGUGCGCUCUUCUCGAAACGUGUGGCCGAUACUUGUAUCGCAGCCCUGAUACUCACCAGCGUACAAAGAUUUACUUGGAGCUGAUGAUGAGACUGAAAACUGCCAACGCUAUGGAAACACGUUACGCACAGCUCAUUGAGAACACAUUCUAUUUGAUCAAUCCUCCGAGCGAACGAACUCUCAUCCAGAAGAGCAGACCUCCGAUGCAUCAGUUCUUACGAUCAGUCUUAUUUUAUCACCUGAUGGGAUCUGAUUCAGACCAGAGUGCAGUGGAAACCUUGAGAAGUGCAGAUUGGGAAGAUAAACAGUUGGCUGAUUAUAUAAUCAAAUGCUUGACUAGCGCCUGGAAAAUCAAAUACACGCACAUUCCUGCAUUAGCCAACCUCGUAGCUGGCAUUGUAGAAUAUCAAGAACAUGUUGGAUCCAGAGUAGUGGAUGGUGUCCUCGAGGACAUAAGAAUUGGGAUGGAGAUGAAUGAUGCCUGUAUGAAUCAACGGCGAAUAGCAAUGAUAAGAUACUACGGCGAACUGUACAAUUAUCGGUUGAUUGAUAGUAAUGAUGUAUUCAAGGUUCUCUACUCGUUGAUAACGUUUGGUGUGAGUACAGAUCCCGAAUCAGAAUCUUAUCUGGAUCCCCCCGGAAGUGUGUUCCGAAUCAGACUGGUGCUCUUGCUCUUGGAAACUUGUGCUAGCUACUUCACCAACUCCGAGUCCAAAGUCAAACUCACGUACUUUCUCACAUUUUUCCAGAACUAUUACUGGGUGAAACGGUCAUUGUCGGUUUGGAGCGAUUGCCAGCAGUUUCCAGUUCUAUUGGAGCAGCAAUUUCAGGAUGCGCUGCGCAUGUAUUGUCCCACUAUUGUUGCCUGCAAUGAUUUGGAAGAGAGUGUCACUGCCGUCAACACCCUCACACAAAAAUUGAUUAAUGAACUUCAAAUAAAAACUGGAGAUAAUAAUCGAAUGUUGAACUCUUUCUUCUUGGAAACUAUAGAAGAGACUAAUGAAUAUACCAGUGGUGAAGAUACUGGAGAUGAGAAUUGUGACAAUAAUAACACAACUGCUAACAUAUUCAAAGAUUCCAAGAGCUUGACCAUGGGAACUGAAACUUUGAAGGAGGAAGAAGAUUUGGAUUUCUUGUUUGCUUUAGAUCAAAUGAUGACCGAUGAAAUGCACGACCGAGCUAAGGGAACCGUUAGGCAACCCAAUGUCGAGAUUACGGUUCCCGUUAAUAUCAAGAAACGCUGUAUGCAAGACAAAAACAGCAACUUUAUACUUCUUAUGAAGAAAGGGAAUAAACAGAAGUGUAAGAGUCUAAUUGUUCCUGAAAAUUCAGAACUUGUCCUAGCUAUUCGUUCUCAAGAAGAGGCGAAAAGAAGAGAGAUGGAAGAGGUGAAGCAACUUACUCUAGGCAUAAGUGAACGAUUACUGGAGGAAGAAGAGUGAUCCAGUGCAGAUACUAAAUCGAAUUGGAGGAAUUUUGUUAAUCACUUAUAGUGAACACUAAUGUGAGAGAGAGAUCACUGUACACCGAUAAACCAAAGAAAGACACAAUUGAGUGAAUAAUACUUGACCAUUCUAUUAUAUUAGAUUCAUGAAUUAAUUCUUAUUUGAAGUUUAGUGGUAUAAAUGCUUGACUCCGCUGAUAUGUUCAAACCUGUUCCAAACAUAAUUGAUAUUUCCAUUGUAAUCCAUUUGCAACAACUGAAUCACACUGCAUCUUUUUGCAGGGACUUUGAAAAAGUGACUGUUGAAGCUCAAUCGAAUGAAAGUCAUCGUUACUGCUGUAAUUCAUGCGAAUUGUCAAGAUUUCAAAGCUCUUUCUGCAAAAUGUAAAUGGACUUUCAAUUGACAUCUAUUGAAUAUCCUAAAAAGGCAUUGCACAUGAAUGAAAGAAACAUGAAGCCAUUUCUCAAAUAAUUUUAAUUAGAAUCUCAAAAUGUUUUUCACAAUAAUUUAUUAUAUUAAUUUUUUGCGUUGAAUUGUUUAGAAUAGCUUCUCGUCAACUAUCCAUUUCAAAAGGUUUUAUCUUAUUUUUUUUUCUUUGAUAGAAAUGUUUCGUCAUCAUUCAGUUUUUUUUUGAAGAUCCAAUAUUAGUUCAAUGUAAUUGCAAUAAACAAUACGAACAUCGAAUGUGUAUAAUUGGAAACAUUCAAUAAUAUUUUCUGUGUCAUAUAUUGUAAUAAUAUUAAAUAUUUCAUUCGUUUAGAUUUAUUUCAUUCUACUUUGAGAAAAUGUAAAUAUAAUCGAUAAAUAUCAACUCAAAUUGCCCGUGUUUCUUGAAUCUCUUUAAAUCCAACAAUGUAUUGAAAGACUUCAAUCGAGAUGGUUAUUAGCUGAGUUUGCAUUGUCAGUUUAUGCAAUAUGCAUUCCUUGCCUUGUGUAUGUAUUAUACCGAUUAGUUCAUUUUCAUAUUGCACUAUAGUUGGUUUGCAGCUCUCAUUUCUUAGAAUGACUAUGAAUAUUUGAAUAUUCAAUCAUAAAAUAAAACAAGUACGGUAAAGUUUACAAAGAUUGAAAGUCUGUUCAUUUCCCAUUCAGCUUUAUAUUUAUAUGUGUAGAAAAUAUAUAUUUUAUUUUACAAAUAAGAAUAUUGCAAAUACAUAUAAAGUAUUUAGAUUGUUGAACAAUAGUGAACAAAAUAUAACAAUGACAUUGCCAGUAGCAAACAUAAUUGGUAAUUAACAAAAAUUUAAACUGAAGUAUUAUGCUGUAAAAAAUAUAGUUUAUGACUUUUACUUGUACUGACGUUACAAUAAUUAUUGUCUUUCAACUGUGUUGUUUGGUUGAAUUAUAUGAUGAUUUAUAUA